UCAGUCUGUCAGCCGUCAGCCAUACGUCAGUAAACAAAUAAUACGUCUUUUUUGUGGGUUGUGAUACAAAUAAAACUGUUUUAAAAUCUCAAUUUUUACGCGAUUGUUGCGAUUGAACUUUUACACCUUGUAAAUUUGAAUAUGGUUUUAAUGGAUUUACCGGAACCGGAUCACUGAAAGUUUGGCAAUAUGUGCAGACUUUUGCCACUUAGAGUCACUGUUAAAGAUUCCUUAGUUUUAAUUAUUUUAGUUAUUUUCAAUACUAUUCAUAUGACUGAUCUAGCUAAGAAUGACAUGGAUCUUCACAGUAAGCAAAGCAAGUUUAAAGAAGAUACAAACAACAACUUAGUGAAUUUCAACAGUAAUGAUGACUUGAAGAACUGUCCCACGAAGGAAGAGAAUGUCACAGAUUGCUCCACACUAAACUACCCCUGCAUUUCUUGUAUUGGCGAUAGUGAUUGUGUGUAUGGCGGAAACUAUAAUUACACCUGUCGGGUUAAUGCCAAUGUGGUUUGUAAUGGCCAAAAAAUAUUUAACAGGACAACAUUGUGCCGUUUUUGUUACCAAACAGAGAAAUGGGAGCACAGGUGUGAACAGAAAGCUAACUGUAAUUCCCUGGCAUCGCCCACAAAGUAUUACUUGACCAACUGCACAGUGUCAGACGACAUUAUAUGCUUGGGCAAACGAAAGUUUCUUAGAAAAAUACGAUGUUCGUGGACAUCUGGCACAAGAUGGGGUACGGCUCUGAUACUUGCGCUAACCCUUGGUGGCUUCGGCGCUGAUCGGUUUUACCUCGGACAUUGGCAGGAGGGCAUAGGAAAACUCUUCAGUUUCGGUGGCUUGGGAGUUUGGACCUUGGUAGAUGCUCUACUCAUCGGGAUACAUCACCUGGGCCCUGCGGAUGGAUCUGUCUUUAUUUAAGUUUGUGUUUUUGUCACAUAAACCCAGAGCACGGGUCUCCUCCUCCUACAAUGAGAAGGGGUUAAGGCCGUAGUCCACCAAGCUAGCCUAGUGUGGAUUGGUGGACUCACCACACCUUUAAGAACAUUAUGUAG